AGAGUAGUGAUGUUCAAAUCAAUAAUAAUAUCGAUAUUUUUAAAUCUAUCUAACUUUAUAUUAACUCCAUGUUUAGUUGAGUCCGAUUCCGUGAAACCGAUGAUGGAAAGAAAUAAUAUUGUGAACAAAGGUCUUUGGGUGAGGAAUAAGCCUGAAAUCAAAAACCCUGGCGACUUUAUCUUCAGGGCAAACUCCUUGGACGCUGAUAGUAUACUGCAGAAUAACUUCGAAGCGUUUGGUGACAACAAUAUGCAAAACUCACCGUUCUUGACCAGCUAUUUUGAGAGGAACAAGAGGUCGCCACUUAUUGAAACGAAACAGCCCUCAAAAGAGAAUUUGAAUAAAUGUAAGAAUAAAUCGCAAUGCUUAAACAAAGACCAACAAAUGGAAUCAAUCGUAAAGUCCAAAUUUAUUUCAACACUGAAGCCUGGAUCUGUUUUUAACGACUACCCUCACGCAGUCGCUGCCCUUAUAAAUGAUAACGAAAAAUAUUAUAUUGAUAACUCAAAACAAAAUCACAUUGAACAUAAUAAAGAUAUAAGAAAUUCAAACAGAGAUACAAAAACUAAAUUAAAUAAUGUUAUUAAAUCAAAUAAUGAAAAUAUAAAGCUUAGAACAGAUUUUACAGAAGCAAAUGAACUUAAUACCACUUCAUUUAUAAGAAGAAAUAAUAAUGGAUCUUCAAUAAUUACAAAUCGUUAUAAGCAUAGUAACGAAGCUGAAUUUACUGAAGUUCAUUUUAAGCCAGCCAAUGAUACAGUAAUCGACAAAAAGAACACUGUUAGGGAUACUUUCGAUGGAGACGAAGUAGUGUGGCAGAAUUCCGCUCCAAUUCCUGAUACGAAUACAUAUAAAACUUUACCAAAAUUCACGGCGAAUAACAAAAAUAAACCAAUUACAGAGAGAGGUCUCGUUAAAGUGCUAACGAUGCUGACAAAAACAUUCAAGAAAAUAAUGAAAGAACAUAAUGAUAUCAAAAAAAUCCAUAACAGAUUAUAUAAUUUGAAUGAUGAUUUUGUAAAAAAUGUUGAAGCUUUAAAGAAAAAAUUGGGAGACUUUAACUCGAAAUACUUUGAAAUUCUGAAGGCGAAUCAGGAAUUGAAGCAAGUGGAGACAAAAUUAAAUGACAAGGUACGGUAUUUUUUGUCAAAAGAAAAAGAAAUAUCGAAGAAUUUAAUUGAAUUCGAAAAUCAACAGAAAAAAUUCUUAGCACAACAACGACAGUUCUAUGAUGCACAAAAACUUAUGUUAUCACAGAACGAAAAAAUUAAUUUGAAACAAGAUGUAAUAGCCAAAACUCAGAGCGAAAUCGCACACAGACAAAAUAACUUCGCAAGAAUAUUGAAAAAAGCUAAAGAAAUUUACGUAAAGAAUAAAAAUGUUAAAGAAAAAUUAAACUCUAAUAUUUUAAGGCCGAAGGCUAAUCAUCUUAAAGAAAAAACUAAAACAAUAAAUCAAGAAUAUUCAACCAGAUCAACAACAACUGAACGUGUUAAAAUCAAUUUAUUUUCCAUCCCAACCCGCCCGCUUUCAAUACCGCUGACCCAAAACAGCGACAUUGAAAAUCAAAAUAAAUUAUUACUGGACGAAAAAGACAAUCACGCGAUAGAUGAUUUAAUAUACAAAUAUUACUUCAACAACACAUUCAUUGAUGAAAUAUAUAAAAAUAAAAUUCUAUCAACAUUUUUAGCGGCCCCAGAAAAUACAGAUUAUGUUACGAAAAGUAAAAGAAACGAAUCGAAACCGAACACAACACAACUUUUGCCUGUUAACAAAACGACCAAAAUUAUUAAAUUCAAUAGAGAAAGAAGGUGGAUUAAGCAUUCCAAUAAAAACAUUCACAUAAAAGAUAAACCAUCAGUCACACGGGUUGUGAAUAUAAAAGGAAAUGUAAUUGAUAUCGGGCAUACGGUUCCCACGUUUAGUAAAGUUAAUUUGAAAAAAAUUACAACUCUAAGCGACCCAUAUAUGACGAUUACAUUGAAUUUUUGCAAAGAAAUUGGACAAGAUCAAACAUUAGAAGCACUUAAUUGGUGUGUGGAGAAAACAUUGAGAAGAUUGCAAGUUAUAGACUUCAAGCCCGCUUCAAUAAUGCCACCCUUAAAACAAAGCAAGGAAUCAGAAAAGAAAAAUAUUUUACAAGGCAGUACUUCGCAGAAACCUACCACACUGAAAACAUCGACUACAGAAGAUCCUCAUCCCUCAAGUACUCCGACGACAGAACCAUCGUGGACUAUGUUCUUUCCAGAUAAUGAAGAACUUGAGGAUAAAUUAAGAGAUUAUGAAUUGAAGCCAGACACCGAGGGCACCGUGUACUAUGAUGGCAGCUUACACUCCAGUGAUAUCGGCCGUAUUGUAAAAGUAGACAGUGAAGGGUUUUCAGACGUGAUGCCGGGACUCGAGAGUGACUCCAGGGUACAAGUGGAUCCCCUCGCGCUCGACCUCCAAGCACAGAGGAGAGCUGAAGUCCGCAAAAUAAACGAGAGAAUAAUGAAGAUGAGAUUCGGCUGAUUGAUUAAUUAAAUAAAUAAAUAUAUUUUGAACAAUAUGUUUUAAAAAUUGUGUUAUAUACUUAAUCUAAUUAUUAUAUAA